GCCGUUUCAACCCACGGAGAAAUCUGGCAAAGCACGGUUGACAGAAUAUUUCGGAAUGAGACCGUCGUAUCUGAGAAUUCCCCUCGGCAUUCUCAUGGCGCCUCAAUCUUACCUUGGUAUUUAACAGAUUAACAGAUUAAAGCCAGCAUCCUAUCGCCUCGACUAGAGAAAAAAAGCACUCUUGGAUAUCCAAAAUUGAUCCCACCAUGAAGACGGCCGGAACACGUGAGCUCUUUUACCGCGAGCAAACAAUAGCGAAUCUUCGCAUUGUAUUUGGUAAAGACGUUGAUGUCGUGACCUGCAAACAAGGCUAUGAGAGCAGAUUUGUCGCCUUAGCAUAUGUGGUUGGGGCCGAGGGAGAGCGAAUUCAAGUCAUGCAGUCGUCGGCUUUGGACGUCACAUAUGCACUACGGGACUUGCUUGCUCUAUCGUCACGGCGUGUUCAGGCUUAUUUUGCUGACCACAACCAUCAAGUGGCCAAAAAUGAGUUAGCAACCUGCAGCAUUGUCUUGCCCCGAAAACCAGAGUCAUUAUUAGAGCUCAAUCAACCCACGCCCCUGAAGUAUGACGUGCUGCCCGAGGAUGAGGCGGCUCUAGAGGAAGCAGGUGGGGACUACCUUGAAGCUGAAGCAAACCCGGGGGGUCAUGAAGCAGAGACAAGUUCGUCGACUCCACAAUACCUAGAAUCAUGUAAUGUGGAACAAAAGGGCUAUUCAAUCCUUCUGAUUAUUGAGCAUCCUUUCCAUCCGCCUUUUGGGGGAUUGAGAUAUAUUGGAGCCCCUAGCCGUCAAGUGAUUCUGCAAGCUAUCUCCAAGAUCAUGUCCGAGAACGGGUUGUCGAACACCGUGUAUCAUAUGAAGACUUUGUGCGUCAAAUCGGAUACCGGAUCAUACGAUAUCCUUGGCUAUGAGUAUGACCACAUCGAAGACUUACUUGACCAUGUCCUCAAAUCAGAAAAAUUUGCAAAGAUUGAGUGUGUUUAUGGGAUUCCUGCAGCCUAAUGCCCAUGUUGCAAUGGUUCUUACCAAUGCAUACCGCAACCACGCUAUCUGCCCCUUCAAACCUUGUCGUCGAAUAUAUCUGCAACGAUCUGACAGCAUUCCUUCCUUAUCGUUCCAGUUCGAACUGUUUCCCACAUCGUCUGUUUUAUCUUGUCAUCGCCAAAAUUUAUUAAAAUGCCGCGCAAUUUGAGCUUUCGUUUUGACUUAUACGCGUUGAUUUCCCCUCAGCUCACAUCAAAAAGUCCAGCAUGAGGCCAUGGCGAUCUCUAAGGUGAUUCCACAUAGCCUUAUGCGAAUCAAAGCUUCGAUGGUUAUUCAAAUACUUGGAUUCACAAUCAAAACA